AUGGCUCUCACAGCCACAGUACUCACAGCGUUAAGCAGCCCCGUUGCUGCCACUCUUCCAUGGGCUGGCACCGGUUACCCUCCUUGCGACGCCCUCAUCGCAGCCGGCCUAGGGGAUAGAGUCGUCCUCCCGACCAACACAUCCUAUGAACCACGCAUCCAGAGCUACUGGGCCCUAAACCCCCGACGACACCCCUACUGUCUCGUGCAACCACACAGCACACAGGAAGUCUCAACCGCCUUGACAGCUCUCCUGGACGGCGACGCCUCGGACCCAGUCAGCAGCGGCGGAGACUGGCACAUUGCCGUCCGCGCAGGCGGGCAUAACCUCGGCGACUCGAAUAACAUCGAAAACGGGGUAACGAUCGACCUGAAGUAUCUUAACGGCACAUCAUACAAUGCAAAGACAAACAUCGCGAGUAUCGGCCCCGGAGCGAAGUGGCAGGAUGUUUAUGCCUCGCUGCAUAAGUACGGUGUUGUUGCCACUGGUGGGCGCGAUGGCGAUGUUGGCGUGGGCGGGUUCUUGCUUGGUGGCGGGUCAACGUAUUACAUGGCCAAGGAAGGGUUUGGAUGUGAUGCCAUUGCCAACUUUGAGGUUGCGCUUGCGAAUGGGACGAUUGUGAAUGCGAAUAAGAAUGAGAAUGCGGAUCUGUGGAGGGCGUUGAAGGGUGGUGGGAGUAACUUUGGGGUUGUUACCCGGUAUGACAUGGAGGCGUUGCCGGAUACGAAGCUUGCCAGGGGGCAGAGGAGUAUCAGCACGAAGUAUACGGGGCAGUUUGUGGAUGCGAUUGUUGACUUCACGGACAAGCAGCAGCAGCAUGAUGAUGAUGCGCUGAUUGCGAUUCUGGCGCAUGUCGAGGGCGAGGAUAUCCUGGCCACGAUUGAGGUCAAUAUUCAGGGCGAACAGAACAGCACUGGCUUUGACAAGUUUAGGAAGAUUCCCCAGACGAAGCCAUUCGAGCAGAACGUCGGCCACCUCUAUGAGGCAGCCCGGAACUCGACUCUCCCAGGGGAUGCAUGGGCCCUGCAAACAACUCUCACAUUCAAAAACGACGCAAAGAUGCUCAACUACGCGGCAUCAGCACACAGCAGGUUCGCCGCGGACGUGCAAGAGUCCAUCGGAAAGAAGAGCUUCUACAGCAUUAUAUUCUUCCAGCCCCUCCCCUCCUUCUUCGCAGACAUCAGCGAGAAGAGAGGCGGCAACAUGUUCGCAGAGACUCUGCGAGACGGAGACGCCGUGCUCUGGACUGCUGGGAUAUUCGUAUACACCAACCAGUCUGAUUUUGCAGUCGCGUCGGCGCGUAUGCACGAGAUGGUUGCAGAGCUGGAACAGUAUUCGGAGAGUAUUGGUGCCGACAAUCAGCUGAGAUAUCUGAACUAUGCGGAUUUCUCGCAGGAUCCGUUAGGCAGUUAUGGAGAAGAAAGCGUUGAGCAUAUGCACAGGGUUGCGAAGAAGUACGACCCUGAGAGCAAGUUCCAGACGAGGAUUCCGGGGGGAUUCAAAAUCUCCAGGGUUCAGUAG